AUGUCGAGCCUACCACUGACGGACCCAAGCCUGAGGCUCCCUCUCGUACUCAGCCCACAGAAUGCGGUGAAAGUGGUGACGACCUUCACGAUCUGCUGGAUUGUCAAGACAGCCAUCGAGAAGGCAAUCGCUGUGAGGCGAACGCUGAAAUCAGUGGGGGAUUGCCCCGGCGGCGCCAUUACGUGGCUUCAUCCAUUUCGCUCUGGGGCCCCUGUUCUGGCCCCUUUCUUCCCCCUUGCCGGUCGAAUUGGUGAUUACUACGCGAAGUAUACAGCAUACGCAAAGUACGGAAGCACAGUCGUUAGCUCUGCCUUAUUCUCCAACGCAAGACCUACCUUCUGGGUUUCUGAUGCGGUGGCUCUCAAAACUAUCUCGAACAAUCGAAACACGUUCAGACGCGACUUAGAAGGGUACAACGUUGUCAGUGUGUAUGGCCCGAACAUGGUUGCGACCGAAGGGACAGAUUGGAAACGACACCGUGCUGUUGCUAAGCCAGCAUUCAACGAUGCGAAUAACAUCCUUGUCUGGCACCAUUCUACCCGCGUCGUCUAUGAUUGGUUCUCACAGCUCGAUGCGCAUAACCCCGGCAACAAAGAGUUCGAGGUUGACCUUCUCAAGGAUGCAACGGAGGUAGCGCUAUUGAUCCUUUCAUCGGCUGCCUUUGGCAGACACAACUCAUGGACAGACGACACCGCCCUGGAAAACUCGAAGGCUCACCACAUCCCAUUCCGCCCUGCCGUCAAAUCCGCCGUCGAAAACCUCGUCCCCAAAAUUCUCACCCCCGACUGGAUGUUCACCCUGUUCAACCUCAUCCCCGUACCUAAAGUCAGCCCCGUCCUGAAGGAAACUCGGGAGUCUUUCGUUGCCUUGAGGCUACAUAUGCUCGAUCUCAUCUCCAACGCCCGCGACUGGGUCUCUGGCGGAAACGCUGCUUCUUUGGAUGCUGCGCUGUUGCAAAACUUGGUGCAGGCUAACAUGGCCCAGGAGGACGAUGCGGCGGUGCGCCGCAAGCUCACGGACGAUGAGAUGUUGUCGGAUAUCUUCAUGUUCUUGCUCGCUGGUCAUGAAACUUCCGCCCAUUCCCUCUGCUUCACUUUGAUCCUGCUCGCAUUGUACCCCGAAGCACAACAAAAGGUCUGCGAAGAAGUCAACAGACUAUGGCCCGGCGAGGCACCCAACGCCGAUACCGUCAACGCAUCGGAAUACAAAGAUUACAUGGCUAAAUUGACUUACACCACGGCCGUGUUCCAAGAAUCCCUUCGCUUAUUCCCUCCUGUGCCUCGCGUAGCUUCUCCGGUCUCGGUCGACACACAAAUCACCGGGCGUACCUUCACACAAAAUGCGCAAGGAAAAGUCAGCGGGGUGCAAGAAUUCACCGCCACCCUUCCGGCAGGCAGUCUCGCGGUAAUUGACAUCAUAGGCCUUCAUUACAACCCUAUCCACUGGGGUGACGACGCUGAUGAAUUCAAUCCUGAGCGCUUCAUCGAUACCGACACUCAUCGCUGGCCGCGCGAUGCAUACCUCGCGUUCUCGGCCGGCCCGAGGUCGUGCAUGGGCGAGCGAUUUGCUAUGACCGAGAGUGUUUGCUUCCUCGCCAACGUGAUCAAGAGGGAAGAAGAACGAAUGCUAUUCAAAGUUACAACAUUCCUUGCCGUGUUGGCGGCCGCCACAUUAGCAUUGCCCAUUUCCGUGCUGCGCAGAGACGACUGCAACCCGACGCCUUCUCCACCUGUUGUUGUGACUGUCGCCACGUUCACCGCGUCUACCGCUUUCAUCGAGGACCCACCUGCAACUAUCACCGGUCUUUCCACUGAAGGCGCUCGUGCAUACCAUGGUGUCCAAGUUGAAGAUGGGCAGACUGGAUAUGUGGUGAUAUUGUAUGACGAUGUCAGCCAAGUUCCCAUUGCUGCUUCCGACCUUGAAACUCUCCUCCAAUCGUCUGCAUCUCCAUCAAGCGCUAUCACAGUGCGAACGGUCCACCCCAACGGUAACAUCACCGACGUCCUCUUCGCUCCUCUAACAGAGAUCACCACGAUGGAUUUACUCCCCGGAAAGACCCUUGAAGAACUGGCGCCUGUAGUCGAUGAACUGAGGAUUAUGCUCGACGGCGUCACGGGGCAGUUCGGUGCGGGGCAUUGGGGUGAGGUUGUCGAAGUAGAGGGGCAGCUGAAAGACUUUGUUGGCUGGGAGAGCGUUGAUGAACACGUACGUCUGGUGUCUACCCCUGAGUUUGGUGCUGUGGGCGGACAGAUUGUUCAACUCGCUUCGGUGUCGUCCGCACACGUCCAUUUCACGCAGUUGGUUUAG